AUGGAUGAAAGACCAGUCAGCUUGAAGCCUGCCAUCACCGAAGACAAUUCUGUGGCAUCGUCGGACUGGGCUCAAGGCGAUAGCGCGGACCUGUCGCUGCCGUCGUUUCUUUCAAGUGCACGUUUUGAAAACUCUGCUGCAGUUGUAUUCUGGUUCACCGAUUGUUGCUCCCUAGCCGCCGGAAGCCUGCAGAAAGCGAGCCGACCGGACCAUGACGUACGAAGCACAAAUAUCCUUCACCUUGGAUACAAUUUGUCCUUGGCGCUCCGACGGUUUCGAGAAAGCGAUGAAGCAAAAGAUGUCACCUUCACAGUGAAGUACUUCCCAUACCAGCUGUAUCCCGAGGCCACGAAAGAGGGUGAAAGCAAGUAUGACUGGUACAAGAAGAGUCGCUAUGGCGACUCCGAGGAGAAGAUGAAAAUGUAUAUAGCAUUGAUGUCUGCAUAUGGUGCUAGUGCUGGCAUCAACUUCAAGUUUGGAGGUACUGUGGCCAGCACAAUGGACGCACACCGUGUCAUCCAGCAUUUCCAGGAAGAGAAAGGCCCGGAAGUUGCCGACAAGAUUAUAAACUCUCUGUACUCGCAAUAUUUCGAGAACGAGAAACACCCGUCGGCCGAUGAGACCCUACUCAAAGCCACCGCAGACGCUGGAAUCCCUGAAAGCGAAGCGAGGCCGUUCAUCGAAGACAAGACCGACGGCCUGUUGGACGUGAAGAAUAUGGUUCGGCAGCAAGCCGGGAACGGAGUUGAUGCCGUCCCGACCAUCAUGUUUGAAGGGAAAAGGCGAGACAUUACACUUGUCGGCGCCAAAGAGGUCGAGGAAUAUGAGAAGACGUUGAAGCAAAUUGUCAAGGAGAGUAAGUGA